UUCUGCGAUCAGCGUGUGAGCCUGAUCGUUUUUCUCUUUCACACGGCAGGAGCCUUUCAAAACGUUAUGAUACCUACACUGGCUCAACUAAUCAUAUGCCUUUAUUUUACAAAAAUCAUCAGUUGAGACAUGGAGAAGAAGAUAUUUAACAUCAACCUAGAUGACUCUGCUUUCACUAAGGAAAGACCUCCGCUCAAGCCUCAGUUUCAGCCUUCAUCCAUAGGAGGACCAAGCACCUCAGCCACAUCUGGAUCUGCACCUCAGUCAGCAGGCCAGCCCUUGUCUUACGCACAAUACAUCGUCCAGAGUAAAGUGUCCUCCAACCCUCACACAGAGCGCACAACCAAGCCGGUCCAGUGUGUUGGAGCAGGAGCUGACACGGUGAAGCAGGCUGCAAACACACAAUAUCUGCAGAGUGGAGCUGGUGCAGGGGCCUCUGCCUCACGGGGCUGUGUGACCCCUCAGGUCUCAGCUGGAGGGAUUAGCAAUGGGGAGAGUGCACCUUUAGGGGGUGAGAAGAGAGAGGAGGGGGAGAUGACUGGUGCUGACCAAAUACAGACAGAAGGUCAAAGGUCAGAGCCAGGCCUGAACCUGGGUCCCAAACCAGUGGGCUCAGGGAGCAGCAUCAUUGUCAGUCCUCGACAGAGGGGAAAUCCUAUCCUGAAGUUUGUGAGGAGUGUCCCCUGGGAGUUUGGAGAAGUUGUGCCAGACUAUGUCUUGGGACAGACAACCUGUGCUCUCUUUUUGAGCCUGAGGUACCACAACCUCAACCCCAACUACAUCCACAAUCGUCUCAAGCAGCUGGGACAGACCUUCACCCUCCGAGUUUUGCUGAUACAAGUAGAUGUGAAAGAUCCUCAUCAUUCGCUGAAGGAGCUGGCUCGCAUUUGCAUCCUGGCUGACUGCACUCUCAUCUUGGCUUGGAGUCCAGAGGAGGCGGGGCGUUAUCUGGAAACAUACAAGUCCUACGAGAAGAAACCAGCCGACCUCCUGAAGGAGCAAGUUGAAAAAGACUAUCUGUCCAAGGUGACAGACUGCCUGACCACUGUGAAGUCCGUCAACAAGACAGAUGCUAUUACCCUCCUGUCCACCUUCUCAUCCGUAGAAGGAAUCAUCAGUGCUUCUAAAGAAGACUUGGCUCUGUGUCCAGGCCUUGGCCCACAAAAAGCACGGCGUCUCUAUGAUGUGCUCCACCAGCCCUUUCUCAAGUCGAGGAGGAAAGACAGCUGAACCUCUUACCGGGGAACUGUGACACAGGCUUCCAGAAACAACUUCAGGAAGUUAGUCACUGUGUUCUUGCAAGCACACCCACAAGAGAAGAAUGAAUUAAAUAUAUGCACUCCCACUCUCCUGAUGUGCAGGAGGAAAUUUAUGAUGGGGCUCUUGGACAAACUCAGGAUGGUGUGAAGAAUUGAAGAGACAGACUUGCUUCAAGUUUAUGUGCUGUACACUGCCAUCAUACUUUGUGGAGUUUUGAAUAAUUUGUUUAUUUCUGAAUUAAUUUACAAUGAAAAUAAACCUUUUUAUAUUUUUGCAAUA